UUUACGGUAUAAAUUACGACACGAAGCCUUUAUACCCCAUGUCUAGGGUCUACCCAAAUCCUCCAACUACAUGCGGAUUCUAUGCUACACAAGUAUACGAUAUUUACUGAAUCUGUUUAUAUGAUAUAUUUUGGUUGUUUAUUGUAAAAUUCAAAUGUUAAAUAAAUUUGCCAUUUUUCGUAAGUUAUUAAAAAUUGUGACAGAAGAGUAAUUUACAGAUAUAAAUAAACUCACGAAAAGAUCUUAUUGAGAGCAUUGUUAUAUCUCCAAUAUUUACAAUAAUUUAACAGAUGUGCUGGGUGAUAAAACAAUUUAAACAAUUUGUUUUCCAAUUAUGAUCUCCACCUUUUGUUCAAAAGAAUAAUUUUGCUCAUUUAUCUUCAAUAUUACUAAAAACGUAGGUAACAAUGCAACAAUCAUACCUAGUGAAAAUCAAUUAUUGCGUGAUAAUUUGACUGAAAGUGCCGAUAAGUUUUCAGUCUUUUUAUACUCCUGUCUUAUUUGUCAUUCCUGUUUUAGUCAAUUUUUAAAAGCAGAAAAGAACAUUUACAGAAAAAAAUGUAAAUUUACUUGUCAGGGAUCUACAUUUUAUUGGCAUCUUAAAUAUAAGUAAUGUAAUAAUCAAAGAUAAAAAAUUACGAGGAAUGUAAAUUUAUUGACUAUAAUGUCACUCAAAUUAAACCCUUCAUUGGAUUAUCGGGAUUGUUGCUAGUUCAGGUGAUUAAAACUCCGCGCGGAGGCCGGAACAUUUGACGGAAGAGGCUAUUUCAGCUGGCAUAUCCUAUACACCGCCACAUGAGAGAACUUUCGUUUCUUUCCGAACGGACUAAAACAAUUUAACAUACACUUGAAGCCUUUGUCACAGAUACGUUACAUUAAAAUGGAUCCUUCAUGAGAAAUAAAGUGAUGAAUAACAAUAUGUCAUCACCUAUAAAGCCGUCUGCAAAGAAUAAGACUUCAAAAUCGCACAAGGGUAAGUUAAAACGAAGCAGAAGUAAUAAAAAUGAGGCGAUAGCUCAUCGAGUCUUGUCGAUCAAAACAGCACAUGAAGUGACCAAAGCUGAUUCAUCGGAGAGGAACACAUAUGCCGAUGUGAAGAGAAACAAUGCAUUAACGCAAGGGAUCAACAUACUUCGGAAAGAAUCUCCAGACACUGUGCCGAGAUGCAGUUCAGCAGAUACGAUAAAUACAACGGAAAGGCAAUACUCUGGAUUUAUCAAGACAGACAAAUCAUCCGGUUUUAAAAGUGAUCGGAGAAUUUAUGUACUUGAUAAAACUAGCAAGUCUCUUGAAUCACCUAGGAGAGACAUGCCAAACAGACACUUUUCUGCAGUAUAUGGAAGAGACAAGAAUUCUCGCAACAACUCACCAGUAGCUCGACUAAAUAUAAGAAGUAAUUCUGCAGUUUCCAGCGGUGACAUGGAAGCGCGAAAUAAUUCAGCAGUUCAUGGACCAGACGAUACUAAGCCAGGAUAUAAUUCUGCAAGGGGAGAUACGUCUCGAAAUACUUUCGCAGGAUAUGCGCAGUCAAGACAGUCAAGAAAUUAUUCAAGGAUACACAGAGUAUACAGUGGAAGUACAGCAUCGCGAAAUAACUCUGCCGUAAACAAACCGAGAACUACUUCAGCAGUUUAUAGAACUGAAGAAACUAGAAAAGCAUCAGGAGCCGAGAGUCCAGAUAAAAUAGAGGAUGAAAUAAUUAUAGGGAACAGAAUUACUUCACCUUCAGCGGAUACUUCAAUAAUUGAUGAAACACAUUCGCCAAUAAGAGAAACUCAAGAAAAGCAAGGACAUGUGACAAACGGUGAAAGAAAUAUCUACUUUGGCCAUGAUUCAUUACAUUCGCCUAGAUGUAUUGACAGGACUAACCUACUUUCAAGGGGUUCGUCGUUGAUGCUCGGAUCUGGAAGAGUAACAAAAUAUAAUGACACUGAAACACUGCAAUUACAUUUUGACAACGACGAUUAUUCAAAUCUUCUUGAUAAUCGAAUGUCUCACGUACGCAGUGUUACCAUAACUACACACACAAUAAACACUCCGAAUAAUGCUCUAAAGGAAACUAAAUUAUCACCGAGACCUGUUGAAGUUUCACUGCCGAAAACCUUUAUCACAAAAUCUGGCUCUUUGUUGCUGUAUAGCGAUAACAAAGUCAUAAAAGACAAGAUACGUCAAAGUCAGCAAAACAGUAAAAGUGAUGAAGACAACAUUCAAGUGAAAGGUCGUAAAAUGUCUCCACGAACUCUUGUUCCCCAGGCCUACCCUUACUGGGGAAAACAUGUAAAGAAGGAAAGCAGGAAGAAGUUUCCACCGAAUUCAGACAAUCGAACUAAUACAGGUUGUACAAAACGGGACCAACGUGAAUAUAUUGGCAUCAAAAACCAAAGCGUUAACGACAAGCCGUAUUCCUGGGACUUUGCCGUGCUGCCAGUAAAACUGAUAAACGAGGAAGAUAAAUCGGAAGACAAAAGAAGUAUAAAGACAGUAAGUAAUCUGUCGGAGGCUGUUUUGGCUUACAGAAGCACGUUACCAAGCUCUCAAGAUAAAUAUCUAGCAAUGAUGGAACAAACAGGUGAUGGCGAAACAAAAACGGAGCGGAUGAACAAGUUUCAAGCAAUGCAAAUGCAGCGUCUUUCAACAUGGACGAAAGAAUGGGUCGGUAGACAGAGUUCCAUUACAUUUAAUAAAAAUACUAUUGCAGGUAAAGCCGUGAAAGAUGAUGAAAGGAAUAGUUUGCUCAUUGAAAGGCUACGAAAUUCUUUAAAACAGUCACUCCAUUGUCACGCACCUGUUAACACACCAUUAGUGGGCUCAGAUAUGCAUUUUUGAACAAGCUGUGCAGUAAAGAAUUCACAGGACUUUGGAAAACUAUGCUCCUGUCGAUAAUGUACAGGAAAGGCAUCAGUAUACUCUACAGUAAUCUGUUUCAAUAUACUGAUAUUAUUAAUGUAAACAUGAAUAUCAUGUAGCUGACGUGUAAUUAUAUCUUGUUGUAUUUAACAAAUAAUGAACUACUGUUACAUGAUCGACAUGCAUGCUCUUCAGUAUUGAAUUUAUGGUACGUUAUAUCGCAUCCCCUUCUAAUAAGGUUACACGUUUCUUUUACAAGUUUUAUCGUAUUUUUUUAUAAUUAUUAUUCUUUGAUACAGCUUUUUCUCUCAUACAUAUUUGUAAAUACUAUACGUAUAUGUACGUUUAA